CUGUUUGCCCUGUUGGCUGAAGGAAUGUAAACUGGCUGCUGGGUGGAUUGUGUUCUCAGUGUUCACUGAUGGUAAAUUGUCUACCUUGUCAGUCACGCCUAAUUCCGGCAUUUACUGCUCACAGAAAAGCAUUUCUUCCGUGAAUGUACUUGCUCAUUCGCAUUCGUGUCUUUGUUUUCGCUUGACACGGUGCCGUGCACGGGGUACAGCUGCCCAUGGUGAGAGACACGUACCACUACCGCCG